AUGACUUCCUCCACCUCUUCCUUGACGAAAGUCAGCAUUAUCCUUUCUAAACCAGAGGAUUGGGAUGAAUGGAUGCUGAUUAUCUAUACCAUGGCCCGAAAUGGAGAUGUUAAGGACCUGAUUGACCCUAACCUGGCAGCAGAACCUCCUCAACUGAUUGAACCAAGGAGGCCAACUGCUGCAGACGUUAAGUCAGGCGCUGCUGCCAUCACAGGGCUUGACCCUGGAGAGCAGAAGUUGUACGGUGUCCUUCGAGAGGAUUAUAAGUAUGAUAUGAUGAAAUAUAGAGAUCGUCGGAGUGCUCUGAGUAGCAUUCAGGACUUCAUACUAACUCGAGUAGAUCGACAGCAUCUUCUCGUCCUUGAGGGCAAGGAAUCUGUGUAUCAGAUGCUUACUGCUCUGGAGAAGAGGCUUGCUCUAACAGAUAAGGCAUGUGAAAUAGACGUUAUUUAA